GUCUGUUGCAUUGUUUCUAAAUGUUGAAAUACCAAAAUGCAACUGCCCAGCAAAUUUAACGAUAAUGGGAUUAGAGCCCAUUGGCAGAAAGUGCAGGGCCGUAUGAAUGUUCACUCAGCCUCUGUCUUGUUUAUACUUCCACAUAUUUUUCUUCAAAAGCCUUUCUUUCCCUGCGGGUUUCAUUUUUGGCUUUUUGUUCUUGUCAUGCCAUAAAAUGGGAAGUUUUAGGUCCUAGCAAGUCUAAGCAGCCAGAUCUAGCACAGAGCUGCAGUUUUGAGUUCUGUGUGGACCAUGACAGUGUUCCUACAAAGAUUACCAAAAACUGCAGUUCUCCCCCUAAGUUUACAGAUGGAAAAAAUUAAUUCACCUGCCUAGAAAGAAUUGAUGUGUCACAGCUGCCAUUGGCAAGAUGGCCUGAGAGUUGUGUGGGUGCAUCUGGCUGUGAGAGGAAUGUCUCUGUGGAAGGACAGCUUGUUCCCCCCUCUGAUGGGGGCAGCUUCUCAGCUGCCCUACCCUGGUCUUCCUGCAGCUGGACAGAUAGCCCAGAAGGGCAUGGGGUACGCAGACCCUCCCUGGCCAGAUGCAGCAGUCGCUCGUGCCAGCACUCCCUUUCCCCCCGACCAUUUGCAUUUUGCAGGCUGGAGCCCUGUGUGGCAGAGGAGGAGAGAGCUGCAGGCAGAAGGAAAACAGGGUGCUGGGAUUCCUGCAGCUCACUGCCAGCUGUCUUCUCAGACGUUUUGGGGGUGGGCAGGGGACUGUGGGAGCACCCUCAAGGCUCUGGGCAGGAGGGAAGGAAGCAAAGAUGCAGCUGCAGGCAGCGGGCUCUGAGCUGGAGCAGUGCGGCCGGGCACUGUACAGCUCACAGUCUGGGCACACGGAGCAAAUUUGUCCAGCUGAGGGCUGCAGGGCUGUCCUUAUCAAGCACUCCCCCAUCGCACAGGUCUGCAGCGACUGCACCAGUUGCUCGAGCUCUUCCCACUGCAGGAGCUCAGAACUGACAAGAACCCUGACCAAAGCAGCGACUUCAGCAAUCCCGCGUCGUACCGCAGCAGAAAUGGGGCACUGCCAUACGUCAGCGAUCUCUGACUCAAGCACAGGGGCUGCACAAAGGACACACGCUGCAGCCUCCCUGUUUCUGUGGGGUUUGGGAUUGAUGUUUGAGCCAAAAGGCCUCAUGGUGCCAUACAGGCAGAUGCUGGGUUCACCCACUGAGGACGCCAAAUCCUAAAAUAAUGUCACAGCGGUCUUUAAUUGCUGUGCGAGGAGAUGACGCGCAUUUCUCCCUGGGGAGCUGUAAGCUGACCCCACAGUGUGGCAGACAGCACCAAAAAGGGAUGCCAUCCUGUACUUUCCUA